GAGAAGUGCUUUCUGCCCGCUCAGCACCCACUGGUCUCUGCCGACCUGAAACCAUAAGUGGCUGCUGACCCACAUCCACACUGAGUGCCGUGGGGCACUACCUGCACCUGCAGGAAGCGAGGGGGUCCCCUGCACGGGGCAUCCCCCCGGACUGGCCACGGGCAGCUUUGCUGGGCAACAUUGGAGCUGAGGAAAGCAGGCUGAGAGGUGGAUUAGCUCUGUUGUGAGGACAUAGUUGCCUGGGAGGAAGGAGUGGAGCACGAGAGACCACUUGAGGGGUGCUGGAUUCCUGCAGACAUCACCCUGUGCCCAGCUGACGGUGUGCCCACCAUGGAGCAAAGAGCCAGCAGGACCAUCUAACCAGGUGCCCUCAUCCAGACCUGGGAAGUGUCAGGCAGAGGGACAAGGGAACGCUGCUGACGGAUCUUCUCAGCCCUUGGCAGUUCAGCCCGUGCUCAGGAGGUCGUCACUUCAUUGUGCAGGCUAGACGAUGGGGAGACCUGACCCAGAGGAAGGGCAGCUCCCAGCUGCUGUGAAGCCCCCAGAUGGUGGCUGGGGCUGGAUUGUGCUCUUCGGCUGUUUUGUGAUCACUGGCUUCUCCUAUGCCUUCCCAAAAGCCGUCAGUGUCUACUUCAAGGAGCUCAUGAAAGAUUUCCACGUGGGCUACAGUGAUACAGCCUGGAUCUCCUCCAUCAUGCUGGCCAUGCUUUAUGGGACAGGACCAGUAUGCAGCAUCAUGGUGAACCAGUUUGGUUGCCGGCCUGUGAUGCUCAUCGGUGGGCUGCUAGCUUCCUCUGGGAUGAUCCUGGCAUCUUUUACAACUAAUAUCAUUGAGCUUUAUCUGACAGCUGGCGUGCUGACAGGUCUGGGCAUGGCGCUGAACUUCCAGCCUUCCCUGAUCAUGCUGGGCACCUACUUUGACAAGCGUCGGCCUCUUGCCAAUGGACUGGCUGCCGCUGGAAGCCCUGUCUUCCUUUCCUCCCUCUCUCCACUGGGGCAAGUGCUGCUGGAAAAGUUUGGUUGGCGAGGAGGGUUCCUUAUCAUGGGGGGCCUUCUGCUUAACUGCUGCACUUGUGGGGCAGUCAUGAGACCCCUGGAUAUGGGCAUGAAGCGGAAGAUGGAGAAAGCUCAGGACAAAUACGAAGCCAAGGAGAUGCUGCCCAUAGGAGGGAAAUCAGAGGAGGGAAUCAGCACCGCUGAUGGAAUCAAGAAAGCUAAAAAAGCCAAGAAGAAGCCCAAGAAAGGGAAGAAGCUUCUGGAUUUUAGUAUCUUUUCCAACCGAGGGUUUAUCAUUUAUACCAUUUCAAAGUUCAUCCUGGUCUUGGGUCUCUUUGUGCCCCCCAUAUUGCUGGUCAACUACGCUAAGGACACAGGCGUACCAGACACAGAGGCUGCAUUCUUGCUCUCCAUCAUUGGUUUCAUAGACAUCUUUGCUCGUCCAGCUUGUGGCAUGGUGGCAGGGUUGAAGUGGGUCCGCCCUCACGUGGCAUACCUGUUCAGCUUUGCUAUGCUCUUCAAUGGCUUGACAGACAUCUGCAGUGCCAGGGCUAGCAAUUACACAGGACUGGUCAUCUUCUGCGUCUUUUUUGGCAUCUCUUAUGGCAUGGUGGGUGCACUGCAGUUUGAGGUGCUGAUGGCCAUUGUUGGCUCCCAGAAGUUCUCCAGUGCCAUUGGGCUGGUCCUACUUAUCGAGGCUUUUGCUGUGCUCAUCGGUCCACCCUCUGCAGGUCGCUUGGUCGAUGCCCUCAAGAACUACGAGGUGAUCUUCUACCUGGCGGGCUCAGAGGUGGUGCUAUCUGCUCUCUUCCUGGCCAUGGCCACCUACUGCUGCCUGAAUCGGGGGAAGAAGAAGGAACCUCCUCCAGAGAAGAACCUAUCCAGGGCCGGCGGGAGUGACACUGAGGAAGCAGAGUCUGAUGUGCAGGAAGCAGAGGAGCACAGCAGCAACAACCACCAGCUGUCCCACAGCACCGACAAUGCCGUGGUGGUGGCCAGUGAGGAGGCCAACCAUGUGGCUGAGGAGCAGAGUGGGGAGGGAGGUGGGUGUCCCGAGGGGGACGGGGAGGUGUCUGCACAAGAUGGCUGCAACGCUGACCAGAUGGUGGAGAGGGACAGUUUUUAGCCAAGGCAGAGGAACAAGGAUGUAUAAAACUGGCCUUGUUUGCAUGCACCUCAGCAUGGGAUGGUAGGUGGGAUAUGGGGAAGGGAAGGCUGAGACAAAAGCAGAUGUAAGAAGAGGGAGACGUAUAAGAAUAGCUCAUCCUUAUAUAUAUAUAUCCACAUACCUACCCAGUGAUACAACUACUUGCAUACAGCACCCAUGCUGGUACAACACAGGCUCAGAGCCACCCAAACACCAAAAAGAAAAAAAGAAAAGACAAAAAAAAAAAUCUUCUUUUCCUACUUCCAAAUCAGCCCUGGAGAUGAUGGUCUUUUGAAGAGGCCAUCAAGGACUCUCCUUUUCCUUCUGCAUUGUCACAAUACAGAACACAAACAAUUAGAGACUCUUUGUAAUCAGAUCCUGGUACGCUUUGGUCUGGUGUCAGUGUUUCCUCUGCCCCACCUCCACGGUCGGGGUAACGGCAGACUAUCUAGCAGUAGGUUUAAGGGUGGUGUAAUUCGUAGCUAUCGUCUGGGUCACCUCCAGCUGCGGCCAGCAUGGGGGUAGAUGCUGCGGUCCCUAACGUACCUCCCUCAGGCACUGCCAGCUGGUGGGACGCCAGCUCUGACCACCUCCAUCUGGUACAUCUUUUGUAGGAAGUAAAGCUAGGGCAGUGACACGUGGUGCUGCUUUUCCAAGUGGGAAAGUGCUGGGUUAGAGGCUGCUGCUGAGAUGCAAGAAGAAGACAUCUAAGACAAAUGGCAUUAGGUGAGCAGCCACGAGACGGAGCCUUGCCGACAGGAAUAGCAGCGAGCCAGCUUUAACUAGGCUGAAGUGAGUCCUGUUGAUGUGUGAAGGGAACAACUUGGCCCCUAUGGGGGUGGGGGUUCCAGGGCAGGUAAAUAACUGUGUCCCAAGCAAUCAUCCACUCAGCAGGAAUGGCACCAGAUGCAUGUGUGUUUUCCUUUUAAAUAGAGAAAAACCCCUUAUGUAAAGGAAUCAGAGGUAAGGCAGAAGGACAAGCCACAGCGCCUGGGUGCCACUAACAAGGGUGUUGGAGCACGUGGUAAGGCAGGCAUGACCCCCCUCACCCCCGCUGCAGUGGUGGAUUUCUAGAUUCAGAGAGGACAACCUUCCCUGGCAUGCUUAAACCACCCCUAAUCUGCUUUAGGACUGGAUCUUUUAUAAACACCCCUGGGCAAAGCCCUUCCGGUUUCCUGAACUGCUUCACCUCAGGGGCCCUGGGGGUAACCUGUGACUGUAGUGAGGGAUCAAAAAACUAAGCAGAGGCUACAGGGGAGGGGGACAGGGGGCAGCUCCUGGGGCCAUCAAAAUAGAUGUUUCAUUUCAGACCAGACUAACUACAAAUUAAUGGGUAAUGGCUGAAGUCUGCAUGAGCCGUAAAGCCAUUUAAACCCAAGCAGGGGAGUGGGGACACGAAGGACAGCGUUUCAUUCCAGAUGCUCCCAAGCAAAGAGCAGAUUAUAAGCAAAAUAAAGCUGCUGAAGAAUGUCAGUUUAAGAAGACGUAAGAACUGGAAAUUGGAGGGGAGAAGGUAAACCCCAUGGGGCUGUACCUUGUCACCACUGUUGUUAGUUUUGGUUGUGAACCAGUCACGGCAGUGACUUUGGGCUUUUUCCUAUUCAAACCCACUUAGAAAGAUCCCAAAUCAGACUAAGCACCACAACAAACCCCAGAUGCAAAGCUCUGGGAGAACGAGAAGCAGCAGGGAGGGUGAUGGAGCCGUGCAGGUAUUCAUUCACUGCUCCUCAAGCUUGUUCUCCCCUCCCCACAAGGUGAGAUCACCAUUUCUGCCCUGCUUGACCAAGUAGCUCUGCAGCUCUCGCCAGCAAACCUCUGGCCCCCAGGCAGGGUUUUCCUUAUUUACCAAUACCCACUCCAAGAAGCAGCUCACAUCUUCCCAGAAGUCCAAGGUCCACAGUAUGAAAACAACUGCCUUUGUCAGCCAGGCAGGUCACUAGAACAGGGUCCCCUCUACUUCCUUGUCACCAGUCAACAUCUCCCACCAAGCCUCCUGCUCUUAUAUCUUUUCACAAAAGGACAUAAAAGCCCUUAGGUUACAAGACCUCGCUAUAGAUGGUGCUGUAAGAUACUCAGACCUCUUCUCUCCCCCUCCACUGGUCAGGCUGCAAAAAACCUGGCACCGCUGCCUUCCACUUCCGUCGUCGGCUUUCAGGCAGGCU